GACAUGCGAUAUGGCGGAAAAAACUACAUUUCCUGUCAGCAACCUUCUUUGUUCGUUUUGCCCACAAACGCAGCCCGCUUGCACGGAGACCACAAUGUGUCAACGAGCGCGCGACGCCAGGGCUAAGCUGAAAGACGAAUCACUCCAACUUUUUUGAAACAACUCUUGUUGGUUGCUCAUUUGGUUUCCUUUCGAUACAAGCUGCAGAAAUGGCGCGUCGCUAGCCAAAAUUUUUAGCUACGUGACUUUUAUUUUAUUUUUUUUUCUAUUUUUUCCUUCCUGUUUUUUUUUUACCUGGAUCGAGUGAACAUCAAUGGAGACGUCGUCCCAAACUGCUGCUGCAGAAUCCACGCUGGAGACGGUAGCUUGGCUAAUUUAACAUGCAAUGCCACCUCUUGUGUGUGACAACUUGUCAAAAACCUGCUAUAUGGACUAUCCAGUUCAGCGACCAUGCACAGCCCCACUUGUGCACCACACACCAGGUCACUCAUAUGACACCUGUCGCCCUCCAUUGCCCAGCAAAGGCUACCCAGAGACCAACAGUGCAGCCAUCUUGUCGGCGUUGAGGAAUCUCCAGGAGAAGAUCAGGAGGUUGGAGUUGGAGAAGGACGUAGAGCUCGGUCAAGGAGACGCAGCACCGCGUUCGCAUGCACACAGAAUGCGGCAGAGACCCGCCACCACUCAGACGGACGCAAGAUUUAGGCCGACAAAUGAGCAGCACAAAUGCAAUCAAGCAUUAGUCACCCAACUUGCAGCCGCGGAGUCUCGCUGUGUCAACUUGGAGCGGCAACUGGUUCACAUGAAGAAGAUGUUGCGCAACGCUAAAGGAGAGAAGAGCAGCCUGCUCAAACAACAGGUGACCAUGGAGGCCUCGACAUCUGCGCACGGACAACCAGUUCCUGUCUCUGGGCAGGUGCAGCUGCAGAAAAUGCUGCAACUGGAGCAGGAAUAUCUCAAGCUGACGCGGACGCAGGGACAAGCUGAGGUGAAAAUUCAAGAGCUUGAGCAAAAGCUGCUGGAAGAGGAGCACCAGAGAAAGCAGCUGCAGUUGGGUUUGGAGACCAACAGGAUCCUUCUACAGUCGUCAUCACCGCGUUGGUCCAAGGAGAGGAAAAGCACCUUAAAGAAAAAGUCUUCCUGCACAGAACCUCACUACAGACUCAACCUAAAAGAUGUACCUUUUGUGACCGGAACGUCCGUAGGCGGUAGCCACUCUGUCCGAGCAAACGUGCAAUCGGUCCUGUCUCUCCUGAAGCGCCACCAGCCUCAGUUGUGCAACAGCCAGGUUCUCGACAACAACAACAAGCCCAUUCACUUGGGCGCAGACAGCCGCCGCCAUUCGGACACUUCCUCCGACUCCGCCUCGUCCGCCAGUUUGGAGUUGUCGGAGCUUUUGCAGGGGCUACAAGAGGAACUGAGACUGAUGAGUUUAGAACAGGACGAGUUGAUGCGUCAGCUGGACCUCAGCGUUUCUGCACAGGAAAGAAAGCAGCUUGAGAGGGAGCAAGACCUGCUGCUCCUCAAAAUGGAGCGCAAGGGAGAGCAGAUCAAUAAACUUUAUGUGCAUAAAAUACAGAUUAAGAAAUUUAAAAAGGAAGCAAAUACGAAGCAGGCGAGCAGAACUCCAUCGCCAAGACCGACCACGGCCAUGGACACCAAAGGGCGUUCUGCCGUAGCUGUCAAGCCAAAACCAGGGGAGGAAAGCAGGCGCAGUCUGAGGCUGCUUAAGGACAUGAAAGCGCUGCAGACUUCAUUGAGGAAAUGAGACCCAACCGGAAAGUACACAUCCAAAUUUACAUCAUUUGGGCAGGCCCUCCGCACCUAAAGUACUGGCACAUAUUUAUUUUCUCCUAUUGCUACCUGUCAGCCUUUACAUCAAAUGAAAAAGCACAGCGAUUACAUUAUUUUGUGGUGACAUUUGACAGUGUAAACAACAAAAUUCAAAUGUCACUACAAUAAAUAAUGGUGCUUCUGACCGGAAAAUUUUGUUGCAAAAAAUGUAUUUGUUGCUUGAUAUAUAUAUAUUUUUUAAUAAAACAUUAAUACUCUCA